GAUUGGAUGAAAAGUUAACACGGAUACAGAUUCCUAAAGUAAAUUUUAAAAGUUUUAAAAGCUACGAUGGGAAGCAGUACGAGUGAUCUCGACAUUGUCAAACUGGAAGACUGCGAAGAAGAAUGCGACUGCACGAAAAGAGAGGCCAAAUUCGCAUUUAGAUCCAGUGAUUCUCUACCUGGAAACAGCCCCACGUCAGCCCAGCACUGGACCCUGGUCAUUCAUUUCCCCAGAGGCAAGAAAACGUACCUGUUUCAAGCAAAAGAAGAAAAUGGUCUCCUACAAGCCAGCCGAGCAGAAAUUCCAUUCAAAGACAUCCAAGUGUUUGAGAAGGCCACGUAUUUCGGUACGGUUGAGACUUCACCCAACGAAUUAUUGACCAAAGCUAAAAAAGUCAAAACAGGAAAUUACAACGUGUUAUUCAACAACUGGCAAACAUGGAUCAAAGAAUUCUUACGUCUCAUUUCCCCCAAGUUGAUGACGUGGCUAAAAGAAAAAGUUGCCGCAACUGGAAGUGACCCAAGCAUUUCGUCGUCUUCAGUCGGAAACGAAAAUGAGAAACAAAAAGUAGACAAAUCAAAUUUAAUUCAAAAUAAGAAAAACUUGCUUGGGGCUCCUUGA